UUGAUAUAAAGAAACUCCUGAGCGAAUAAAUAUUAGUAGAAGGUACGUGUCAGAAGGUACGUUGAUGCUUCAAGAUGGUGAGCGCUGUCCUUCUUCCGUUCUUUCUGGCGGUCCAGUUGUUAAACCCUCCACAUAACAUUUCACAAAAUAAUUUUAAUCCGCAAUAUACCUUCAAGCUGAAUAAAACCAUUACAGUAUUCAGGGAACCUCUUCAAAUUACACAAUUUACUGCCGCAAUCAUAUGUCGUUUGUCCACAAGGGAAAUGUACUUUACUUGUUUUUUACGUAAUAUCAAGUACAAGUCUUCCUUGAAAUAUAUAACUCUGGACGAGCCAAGCAAUGUCACAAGAGAGACAAUUCCCAGAGACAAUAACAAAGACUGGUUUCAAAUUAAGUUUAAUCGGACUGGUGUAGAAAAAAUAUUGGUAUCUGGAGCUUGUGAUAAAAGAGAUAUGAUUAAAGAGAUUGCUAGUCAAUUUAACAUAGGACAUGAAUUGAAUUUAAAAGAAUCGUCUAAAUUCCGGGACGAUCAAUUCAAUGCAAAAGAAACGACACUAGUAGGUCGUUGUAACACCAAAUAUAUGAUACAUAUCAGAGAAAGAACAAGUGAAGGGCAAUUAAAUUUCCGAGUUGUAUUUCCAGAGUAUAUCCAUAACAAUACAUAUGUAGACAUUGAGAAGACUAGAAAUAAAUGCAAAUAUUCAAAGGAAUUUUUCAAUUUUUUGAACGGAUUGGACGUGACACAAUAUAGCCAUUCAGUGAAAGUGUUCGCUGAUCAAUUUCAAAUGUCUACAAUAAUGAAUGUGGAAUUACCAAAUGAUCCAUGGAACGCAAAAUAUAGACAUGUGUUUGAGCAAACAACUCUGCUAAAUCUAACUAAUGUUGAACUUUAUCAUUCAUACAAACCAAAAACUCCUAACAAUGAUUUCUGGAAAGACACACUAAUAUUAUAAUUAAAUAUAAAAUUGUAGUUGUAUCUCUUCCAUUUUUAAAUUAGUUACAAAAUCCUAAUUUCUUCUAAAAAUAUGUAUGAAGCAUUAUGUGUAGAUAUUAUCUUAGUUUAAAUAUCCUCAAAAAAUUAGUAAAUAUAUAUGUCAUGUGAUACCUAUGUAUGAAUUAUUUAGCUACUUAAUUUAAAUUUUUUUAUACUUAUUGAAUUUGUCAAAAUUAGAUGGUUGAUUAAGUUAGAUAAGUUUGAAACUCUAUAUAAAUAUGAUUAAAUUGCAUAAGUAAGA